UUUUGGUCGUUGAAGAAGCCAAGUCAAAAAUUUUGUAUCGGGUGUCAUUACGUAUCUUUCGCUGGAAAAUUUCAAAGUUUUAGUGUUGCUAAAAAAAUCGGUGUAAUAAUGCGUCCCCAACUUAACAUAUCGAUACUAUUGCUGGGAUUAUUCCUAAUGGCAUCCUGCAAUGGACUAACACAUUUCGAAGCGAAACAGCUCCUGGAUAAGGCUGGAAUAAGAAUUCAGAGCACGACAAGUUGCAGCAAUCGGGCUAACAAGUUGUGCACAUCGUUGGACGGUGUGCGCCAGGAAACGAUCGACUUCCUUAUAAAUUUCCGAAAAACGACGCCACGAUGCAGAAUCAUUGUUAGUGGAGGGACAGAGGUUGGCCAUGGUGACCAAGACGGCGUAGAUACCCAUGAAGGUGGAUACAAAUUGGACCUGAAAUUGGGCUGGUGUAUCAACAGAUUCAUAAAAAUUGGGGCGAAAACGGAUGAAAAUCCGAAUUUUCGAUUUGUUGAAAAUGUCGAACAAACUUAUCCCAGCAACAAGAAGAAGUACAACGCACCGCUGUAUCGUCACAAAUCGGGGGCCUAUUUUCUGAAACAGUACAACCAGUGGGAUGUGCUGUAUCCGCAGAAUCCUGUGCCGAACUGGGAAUAGGAGAGUUUGAAAGAUGUUUUUUAAUGAUGAUGUAUUCUUGUAUUUAUUUAAUUCGUAGACCUUAACUCAUUUAUAAAUGAAAAAUAGGAUAUAUGCAUAUGUAUGUGUAUAUGUUUAUGUAUUUGUACAAAAUAUUGUAAAAAAAUAUGA